ACUGAAUUUUUCAUGGCCAUUUUCUUGGAUUUAUUGGGACCACUUGAAUUUAAGUUGUUAGUGAGAGGCAUGCUAAUUAAUUAUAUUAUUCAAGCUUUACAUUAUUAAUAUAUUUGAAAAGUGUGGCUUAGCAAUUAUUGAUGUUAACUUUUGGAAAAGGGAUUCCUGCUUCCUCUUUUUCACAUAGUUAAAAAUUUAAAUGUAAUAAGCUUGACAAGAUGAGAACUUUAGUGUAUCUGUUCAUGCAACUAAUCAAUAAUCAUUUAAAUAUCAACUAGUUCCUUUUGUUCCGCUACAACAUAUUGAUGUUCUGCACAUAUAUAUCUGUUUUGUGACGUUCAAUAUACAAGAGAACAGUGUAAAGUUUUGAUUUCCCCCUUGCAAUGCAAGCAAAGCGAGCGAGGUAGGGUCAAAUGAAAAGCUGAGAGAAAAAUAAACGAGGAAAAAGGCUAUGAAUACAAAGAGGAAAGGGACACAUGAAAGGAAAUAAAAUAAAAGAAAGAAGAGGGGGUGAUGAGCAAAAGUGAAGGGCAAUAAUUAUAACAGGAAAAAAAAACAUAGAGGUCACGUUAAGUUGAUGGAAACAGGAGUAGGAUUUUUAAGACAUCAAAUGUGGGGGCCACAAAGUGGCCAUAUAUUUGAUUUGACCAAUCCCCUCCACGCUGCCGGCAACCAGGGUUAGGUGCCCCAAGUUAAAAAUGGCACCACACACACACGUGUGGGGGAGGAUGAGUCAGAGAAGAGGGCAGUCGCCCUCUUGCUGUAGGGUAUGUCCCUCUGUUGCAUCUCAUAUAAAGAGAAAGCAGAGCAACAUACUAACAUAGAGAAUUUUGCAGAGAGCGUUCAGUUUUAGUAUUAUUUGCAGUACACUCCCCCCCCCCCUUCUUCCCCAGAGAGACAAACUUGUAAUCUAGUAGAGAGAGAGAGGGAGAGAGAGACAGACAUGCCUGGGAGUCUAGAGCCGUUGGAUUUGGGGAUUCAGAUUCCAUACCACUUCAGGUGUCCGAUCUCGCUCGAGUUGAUGCGUGACCCCGUCACCGUCUGCACUGGUCAGACCUAUGACCGAGCCAGCAUCGAAUCAUGGGUAGCCACCGGCAACACCACCUGUCCCGUGACUCGGGCUCCGCUCACCGACUUCACUUUUAUUCCCAACCACACUCUUCGCCGUCUCAUCCAGGACUGGUGCGUCGCUAACCGGGCUUUCGGAAUUGAGCGUAUUCCGACUCCCAAACAACCCGCCGACCCCACCUUAGUUCGUUCCUUGCUGAAUCAAGUCUCUUCCGAGUCGGCUCCGACUCAUUCACGCAUCUCUGCCUUGAGGCGACUCAAGGGACUCGCGCGUGACUCGGACAAGAAUCGUUCUCUUAUUGGCUCUCACAACGUUCGCGAAAUCCUUCUCCAUAUUGUGUUCUCCGAACUCAAUUCCGACUCUUCCGAGCUGAACCGCGAGUCCCUUGCUCUGCUUGUGUUGUUUCCACUCCCUGAGUCGGAAUGCACCUCCGUCGCAUCGGAUCCGGAUAAAAUCAGGUAUCUAUCGCGCCUCCUGUCUCACACAUCAAUGGACGUCCGAGUCAACUCGGCAGCGCUCAUCGAAAUCGUUGUGGCCGGGACUCGUUCGUCGGAGCUCCGAUCUCACAUCAGCUGUAUGGACGAAAUCUACGAGGGGGUCAUCGACAUUUUGAAGAAUCCAAUCGCGUAUCCUCGAGCUCUCAAGAUCGGAAUCAAGGCGUUGUUCGCUCUGUGCCUGGUGAAAGAGACGCGGGAAAAAGCGGUGACAGCCGGAGCACCGGAGAUCCUCAUCGAACGACUGGCAGAUUUCGAGAAAUGCGACGUGGAGAGGGCCCUGGCGACGAUCGAACUGCUUUGUCGGAUCCCGGCGGGGUGCGAGGCGUUUGCAGGGCACGCGCUGACGGUGCCGCUUCUGGUGAAGAUAAUACUGAAAGUGUCGGACAGAGCGACGGAGUACGCAGCGGGAGCCCUGCUGUCACUGUGCUCGGAAUCGGAGCAAAGCCAGAGGGAGGCGGUGGCGGCGGGGGUGCUGACGCAGCUGCUGUUGCUGGUGCAGAGCGACUGCACGGAGAGAGCGAAGAAGAAGGCGCAACUGUUGCUGAAGCUUCUUCGGGAUUCGUGGCCUCAACAAGAUUCCCUCGGAAACUCGGAUGAUUUUGCAUGCAGCGAAGUCGUCGUAGCGCCCUUGUGAUUACCCUCCAUGAUUUUCUUGAUUCCGUCCCCGCAUAAGAAAAUUGCAAACAAACACAAAAGAUGGUGAAAUUUUUUAGUUUUAGUCCUCUAGACUGGUAAAUAGCAACUGUAAUUGUGCAUGUAAAUUUGGUUCCCUUUUGUACGUAAAAGUUAAUUGGCUGAAAAAUAAUUGGGAAAGAACUAUUUUCAGCUUGGAAA